CCUCUCUUUCUUUGUUUCCAUGGCAGAGAAACAAUCCCACUUGAACGGAGCCUACUAUGGCCCUUCAAUCCCGCCACCCGCCCGAACCUACCACCGCCCUGGCCGCGGCGAUGGCUGCGGCUGUGGCUGUGGCUGCCUUAUUUGCUUCCUUCUCGAACUUAUUGGCACAGUUGUUGUCAUUGUAGGCGUUGCGGUCCUCGUCUUCUGGCUCAUCUUUCGCCCCAACAGAAUCAACUUUCACGUCACUGACGCUUCUCUUACACAGUUCGACUUCACCACCAACACCAACACGCUCAACUACAAUCUCGCUCUCAACAUCAAUAUCAGAAACCCCAACAACGAGAUUGGCAUAUACUAUGAUAACAUCGAAGCCAGUGUAUUCUUCGAGGACCAGAGGUUUGGUACAGAGUUUCUGACACCGUUUUAUCAAGGCCACAAGAAUACGACGAUUCUCAGUCCUGUGUUCAAAGGGCAACAAUUGGUUUUGCUUGGGACUAGUGAGCUUUCGGUGUUCAACUCUGAGAAAAGUAUAGGGGUUUAUUAUAUAAAAGUUAGGCUCUAUCUCAGGAUUAGGUUUAAGUUGGGGAAGGUUAAGACUUGGCGGAUUAAGCCUAAGAUCAAGUGCGACUUGAUGGUUCCUUUGAGUUCUAAUGGAAAUUCUGUGGCUGGGACAUUUCAAACUACCAAGUGCCGCGUCGGUUUCUGAUGAUUUGAGUCUUUGAUUAUACAGAUGAUUAUAUGUUUAUUGUUUUAUUGUAUUUUGUUCUGUUUUG